AUGAACAACUCCUUAAUCACACCCUCGCACCCACUCGAGCUCGAACCCAAGUACGACGACUAUGACUUCCCAACCACCGCCCCAGACGCCCAAUCGGGCCACCCAGGUCACACCACCCCCGAGCAGGAUGCACAGGUCUUCCAGCUCCGGACCAUGCUCGAGCAGCUGGGCUAUACCGAGCGUCUGGAUACCUUGUCCCUGUUGAGGUUCCUGCGUGCGAGGAAGUUUAAUGUGGAGGCUGCGAAGACUAUGUUCGUUGAUUGCGAGAAAUGGCGGCAGGACUUUGGCACGAACGAUCUCGUGCAUACUUUCGAGUACCCGGAGAAACCGCAGGUGUUUGAAUAUUAUCCACAGUAUUAUCACAAGACAGAUAAGGAUGGCCGCCCCGUCUACAUAGAACAACUGGGCAAAAUCGACCUAAACGCCAUGUACAAAAUCACCACAGCAGAGCGUAUGCUCCAAAACCUAGUCUGCGAAUACGAAAAGCUCGCCGACCCUCGACUCCCCGCUUGCUCGCGCAAAGCCGGCCGCCUCCUCGAAACCUGCUGCACAAUCAUGGACCUCAAAGGCGUGGGCAUCACCCGCGUCCCUUCCGUCUAUGGCUACGUCAAACAGGCCUCAGCCAUUUCGCAAAACUACUACCCCGAGCGGCUGGGCAAAUUAUACCUUAUCAACGCCCCCUGGGGUUUCUCCAGCGUCUUCAAUGUCGUCAAGGGCUUUUUGGAUCCGGUUACGGUACAGAAGAUUCAUGUGUUGGGCAGCGGGUAUGAGGCGGAGCUGUUGGCGCAGGUGCCCAAGGAGAAUCUACCAAAGGAGUUUGGAGGGGAGUGUCAGUGUGAGGGUGGCUGUGCGCUGAGUGAUAUGGGUCCUUGGCAGGAGAAAGAGUGGGCGAGGGAGCCCAAGUGGGCGAAGAAGGAGGUUCAUGGUAAGAAGAAUGAAAAGAAGGAGGUGAAGGAGGUGGAGGAGGUGGAGGCUUCGACGGCGGAGAAGCAGGAGGAGACGGCCAAGGAGACGGCCAAGGAGACCAUUAACCUGUCGAGUAAUGGGGAGCUUACGGCGUAG